GGCAAACAAUUGAGGUAAAUUAUAAAGAAAACGGCUGAUAUAAAAAUUAUAUAUUUUGAAAUAUAUACAUAUACACUCAGUACUACAAAUAAUAACCAUGGCUGACUUCCCACCGAACCUUUCGAUUAGACCGUUAACAAUUGAAGAUCUUGACGAGUGUGUCUCAUUGGAAGCUAGAGGAUUUCCUGAGAAGGAAAGAGCCACCAAAGAAAAGCUUCUGUACAGACUUACUGUGUGUCCAGAAUUAUGCUCAGGAUUAUUUAUCCGUGAUUACACUCCACAAUACAAGGCCAUAAACUUACCAGCAGUUGCUGCCAAGCAAAGCAAAGAAGAGCAAAACGAAGAUAACGAUGAAUCCAAGACCGUAGAUUCUGAAGCUAUUCCAACCAAGUCUUCUGUCCUUAAGGAAACCCUUAUUGGACACAUCAUUGCCACCAAAAUCUAUUCUAACAGAAUCACUUCUGAAUCUAUGGAACUUGGUUCAAAGGAAGACCCUAAGGCUGGUCACAUAGAACACUCUAGAUACAUCGGAAUACACGGAUUGGUGGUUGAUCCAGAAUGGCAAGGUAAGAACUUGGGUACUUUACUCAUGCACGAUUACAUUCAAAAGUUAUCCAAUCAAGAUUUGGGUGACAAAGUGAUCAUCAUUGCUCAUAAACAAUUAAUACCAUUUUAUGAAAAGAUUGGAUUCAACAAUCUUGGUGAAAGUGAUUGUAAGUUUGCUGGUGAAGUCUGGUACGACUUGAGCAUUGACUUGAUUCCUGAAGAUGAUGAUUAAGCUAUUUAGAUAGAUGCGUUGGAGCUUUUACAUAUUAAAUAGUGAUGUACGAGGAUAUUCUAGA